ACUAAUAUCAGUGUUCAAGAUGUGAAUGCGGCUAUUUUGAGGUUUUUGAGGCAUUUCCGUGAAAACCCGCAGCAGAUCGAAGGGAAAUACAUGCAGGCUAUUAACCAUGUCAUUGAAAUCGAAGGCGAGUCACUUGAUGUUGACGCGCAGGAUGUUUACGAUUAUGAUAGCGAUCUCUAUACCAAAAUGGUAAGGUACCCACUUGAGGUUUUAGCCAUUUUUGAUAUUGUCUUGAUGGAUAUGGUCAGUAGAAUCAAUCCACUAUUCGAGAAGCAUAUACAAGCAAGGAUUUUCAACCUCAGGAGCUCAAUUUCACUGAGAAAUCUCAACCCAUCUGAUAUUGAGAAGAUGGUGUCUAUAAAAGGGAUGAUUAUCCGGUGCAGUUCGAUUAUUCCUGAGAUCAGGGAAGCUGUAUUUAGAUGUCUCGUGUGUGGAUACUACUCUGACCCAAUUGUCGUUGAUAGAGGAAGAAUCAAUGAGCCCACUAUUUGUGGGAAACAAGAGUGUCUUGCGAAAAACUCUAUGACCCUAGUUCACAAUAGGUGCAGGUUUGCUGAUAAACAAAUUGUUAGACUUCAAGAAACACCAAAUGAGAUCCCGGAAGGAGGGACACCUCAUACGGUAAGUUUGUUGAUGCACGAUAAGCUAGUGGAUGCUGGCAAGCCAGGUGACAGAGUUGAGGUUACUGGAAUUUACCGGGCUAUGACUGUCAGAAUUGGGCAAACACAGAGGACUGUAAAGUCAAUAUUCAAGACUUACAUUGACUGUCUUCAUUUAAAGACGACUGACAAGUCAAGAAUGCAUGUGGAAGACCAAAUGGAAACUGAAGAUGGAGCAAGUAGAAAUGAUAAUGACUCUUCUGUUGACUAUGAAGACAAGGUAGAGCUAUUAAAGGAGCUAUCUAAACGGCCUGAUAUAUACUCAAGGCUGACUAGGUCUUUGGCACCAAACAUAUGGGAAUUGGAUGAUGUAAAGAAAGGCCUUCUUUGCCAGCUUUUUGGUGGAAAUGCAUUGAAGUUGCCUUCUGGGGCUAGCUUCCGUGGAGAUAUCAACAUUCUUCUUGUUGGUGAUCCUGGAACGAGCAAAUCUCAACUGCUCCAAUACAUACACAAACUGUCUCCUCGUGGUAUAUACACCAGUGGGCGAGGAAGCUCUGCCGUUGGAUUGACUGCAUAUGUUGCCAAAGAUCCUGAGACUGGGGAAACUGUUCUGGAAAGUGGGGCCUUGGUUCUGAGUGACAGAGGGAUCUGCUGCAUUGAUGAAUUUGACAAAAUGUCAGAUAAUGCAAGGAGCAUGUUACAUGAGGUAAUGGAGCAACAAACUGUUUCAAUUGCAAAGGCAGGGAUAAUUGCUACCCUUAAUGCUCGAACUUCAGUAUUGGCUUGUGCAAAUCCAAUUGGAUCACGAUACAAUCCUCGGUUGUCAGUGAUUGAUAAUAUACACCUUCCUCCUACACUGUUGUCCAGGUUUGAUUUGAUUUAUUUAAUUCUUGACAAGGCUGAUGAGCAGACAGACAGGCGCCUUGCAAAGCACGUUGUGGCAUUACACUUUGAAAAUCCUGAGAAUUCUGACCACGAUGUUAUAGACCUUCCAAUUUUAACUGCUUAUGUGAGCUAUGCUCGAAAACAUAUACAUCCAAAGUUAUCAGAUGAAGCUGCAGAAGAGUUGACAAGAGGCUAUGUGGAGAUGAGAAGAAGAGGAAAUUUCCCUGGAAGCAGCAAAAAGGUCAUAAAUUGUGUAAAUAUAAUUUAUUUAGUAUUAUACUUAUUAAUCAAGUUUGAUUUCUGAAUGUGUAUUGGUAUGUAGUCAUAAUGAAAUUUCUUGUGUUAAUAAAUGUUUUCUCAAAGUUGCUUUUUGAUCUAGGUGAGUCACAUUCACUCUUCAUUCCUAUCAGUCAUUCUAUUAUUGGGCUCCUAUUUUUGACAUCAAUCACAAUUUGAUAGUAGUGAUACUGCUAGCCCUAUUAAAGUCGAUGAUUGUGGUAUAAUCAAUCACAAUGUUGACAAUAAAUAUAAUGAUGAUGCUUUUUCUUGUUUAUGGUUUCUAAUGAGUAGCUUUU